AAGCUGUGUUGUUUACAUUUCCCAAGAUGGCGGCGGGGAUGUAUUUGGAGCAUUAUUUGGACAGCAUAGAGAACUUGCCCUUCGAGUUGCAAAGAAACUUCAAUUUGAUGAGGGACUUAGAUCAACGCACAGAAGAUCUCAAAGGACAGAUAGACUCCCUUGCAAAAGAAUACACAUCAAAUGCUCGGACCCUUUCUUCUGAGCAAAAGCUGUCCAUACUGAGGCAAAUUCAGCAGUCGUACAGCAAAUGCAAAGAGUUUGGCGAUGACAAGGUGCAACUGGCCAUGCAGACCUAUGAGAUGGUCGACAAGCACAUAAGACGCCUGGACACAGACCUGGCCCGCUUUGAAGCCGACUUGAAGGAAAAACAGAUCGAGAGCACGGAUUAUGAUUCCACCUCCAGUAAAGGAAAGAAAGUGGACACCAGACAAAAGGAAAAGAAGUCUGCUAAAACGAGAUCUAAAGUGAAGAGCUCUGACGAAGACGGCAGUCCCAAAAGCGCCCAAAAGAAAGUCAAACUCCUUCAAACGGGUGAAUUCAACAGCCCCUCCACCAACUUUGGGAAUGUGCACCCAUCCGAUGUGCUUGACAUGCCAGUGGACCCAAACGAGCCCACCUACUGUCUGUGUCAUCAGGUGUCCUAUGGCGAAAUGAUCGGCUGUGACAACACUGAUUGCUCCAUUGAGUGGUUCCAUUUUGCAUGUGUGGGUCUGACUACCAAACCACGAGGCAAAUGGUAUUGUCCACGCUGCUCUCAAGACAGAAAAAGAAAAUAAAACGGUUGUCCCGGAACAAACACUGAUCCGAUGGGGGGGGGACAAAAACAUUUCUUCAUGAAUUAUUAGAUUUUCUUCAUUGUUUUUCAUCUUCAUUAACGUGGUGCUUUUUUUUUUUCUUUUGCUUUUUUUGUAUUUGCCUUGGUCUGAUGCAGAGUGUAUGAUGAUGAUAUGAAGUGGUUCCAGGUGUAUUUAAAAGCUGUUUUUUUUCUUAGAUACAUUGGUGCUCAUAUUACAUUUAAAAAAAAAAAAAAAAAAAAAAGUU